AUGACUACAUUUCCUCGUACAGAUGUUCAAAAUCUGACUGCUGCUACAACGAUCAUAUCCAAAGCCCAGGCAAAAGGAGCUAUAAUUCGGAUAGCGGACACCAGAGCCAAAGAAAGAUGGCUGAAAAUCCUUACCAACGCCCUUCGCGAAGCUGAGAUUCUACAAUCAACUACCAGUGCCCUAGUCGACUUGCCACAAGGGUAUCAAUUGAUCCAAAUACAACGACGAAAAAACAAAACAACAAGCCACGGAGAGUGGUACUCAGCUUUGAUAGGCUCCCCUUAUGCUUCUGGGAUAUCUGGAUUUCGAAGUCCAUCCGAAUUUGUACCGCAUGCAAUCUGGCUAUUCCUCAGUCCAUAUCUGGAUCACUCAGUGUGCACACAUCUGUCCAGGCAGCGCCGAGCUCGAGCUCAAAAACUUCCAGUAUCUUCACCUUCCAAUUCCAGCUCCACCUUGUGUAUUUCAGUGGCAGACCACCCACCCGAUCAGGUUUCUAGAUCCUCAAAUGCAAUUCAUGCAUACUUCAAAAAAGGUGACAUUGUCUGGGUUGCCUUGAACCCUAAAAUCAUAGAAUCAUCCACUGUCAACAUUCAAGUAUGGCCUGCUCUCAUUUUUGAGAUCUGUGCCUCUACUGUGGUGGAGGGAAUGGCAAGAUUCAAAAUCAAACCUCUUGGGCCUGGUUUACAAUCUCAGGCUUGCUUUGUACAAGAGAACCACAUUCUUCCAUUCAAGGCAUACAUGCCGUCUAUGGACUUGAUUGACACUCUCAAAUCUGCUCUUGAAUUACACCAGCUCCCCCCAACCUCAUAUGAACCACUAAUAGUCAAUUUUGAGAAAAAUGAUCUUGUUUUCUCUCAAAAUCCAUCCUUUGUGAUAGCUGCUCUUCCAUAUAUAGGAGCACUACUUACAGUAUUUGAAAGAGCAGCCUCUUACGAGGUUCUCAAGCAACCUUCACUAUUUUUCCCGGCUCGGCCUGAGAAUGUAAAUGAUUCUGCACUUGGAAAAAUUUCUUUCACAUCACAACAAAAUUUGGAAUGUUCCAAUUUCAUGGAGCUUCUGCGAUGGGGAGCUGAGUACAUUCAGAUUGGAGAUCUUGUACGUUUAGGAAGUGCGAGGAAAGAUUUGGUGACUUCCCACCACUUUGUCUAUCCUCCUUCUGGACCUGGCGAAUAUUUUUCAAGAAUGUUUCCACACUCUUCUGAACUCACCGGCGCAUCUUCCAGAGGCCUUUUUCUGAAAAUUAUGGCUUGGAGAUUUAUUCACUAUCCUCAACCAAAUACACCGAGCGCUGUAGGGGUUCUUUAUGAAGUCGCCGACAAAGACGCUGCUGUAAUUCAUGGACAAGAGCUGGAAGGAAUGCCAAAGGCAUAUCAUGGGUACAAAUUUUGCCCCAUAAUGAAACCAGGCUACCUUGCUGUUGUACCUUUGGAUGACAUUAGGGGACGAUACUAUCCUGCUUCACAAAUGAUCUCAACUUUCUACGGGCUCGAUCGAGCAUACAUCGGAUCAGCUACUUCCAUCCAGCUUCAUCUACAGAGUCUGGCAGGCUUAUGGCCAGAUGAUUCUGAAGACUUCGAGAUUCGAAAACAUCAUCACUGCUCGGAAGGUCCAGGAGCAUCAAACUUGACGGACAAGAAGCAACUGAUGAGUUUUCUCAACAAACUCUCCGAAAUGAUACGACGAAGAGACAGCAAUUUCGAAAAAUACUGUCCUCAUGUCAUGAUUAAGAUGGAAGAAUUUGCUCGACUAGGUGUAGCUCCGAGAUUUGCUACAUACGGUCUAGGCAAUCUAAACAAUGGGCGUCAACUAUAG